CCUUGCGUAUCAGCAAAAGAUGAGUGUUUAUCACGUCGAUUAACACAGCAGAAAAUUAGUUAUAGGACCACCACGUUUCAAUACAUUUCAGUACGGCAUUUUAAACAUGUACGAGUGGACAUAUCCGGUGAACAUAUCGUUUUAAGCAUGUAUUCUGUUUAUGAUGUGACGCGAUUGUUAUUGGGAGGCAGGCCAGUGGACUCACCAGUUUGAAGAACCCUUCCCUAGGACUGUAAAAUGGGUGCUGUAUAGACUUGCUUUAUUUAAAAUCCCCUGUCUAAGACUUUCAGUCUUAGGCCAAAGGCUGUAUCAACAAUGCUGAGGUGGUUUUCCGCAGAGGAGUCCAGCUCAGCUCAUGAAGCUCCUGGCUCCCCGCUAGCGGAGAUGGGCUCUGAUAUAAGAUUUUCUGAGGUCACAGAGCAGCUGGCACAGAUGGAGGAACUUGUGUCUCAUUUAAAAGAGUUGAUCAGGGAGAAAGAUGCAGUACUCAGCAGUAAAGAUGAACAAGUCAAGGAGCUGACAGAACAAAUGCAGCGCUUGCGGAGUGAGAGAGAAAACUCAGAGUCAAAGUUAGAUGCGGAACGGCACAUUGCUCGAGCUCGGCUCAAAGAUCUGAUGGAGAAACAUGAGGCUGAGCUCCGCAGGGCUGCUGAUAAACAUGAGGCUGAGAUGGCGGAGAGAGAGCAGGCCUUGCGCCGACAGCUGGAGACCCUUCAGCGAUCCAUAUCACUGCCUGCAGAAGCACACGCAAGCUUAUCCACCUCUAUCACUACUCAGAGAGUCACAGAGCUGCAAGCCCAAGUGAAAUUGAAAGAAGCCGAAGCCAAUAAAGCAGAAACAAAGUUCCUAAAGAUGAAAGCUUGGUCCAAGUCUCGGAUCAGGCAGCUCGAGGAGGAGCUUAAAAAAGUUCAGUCUGGCAUAUGUGUCAGUAUGUCCCCUGAUGUCACAUCCCUACACAGUCGCAUAACUGAUUUGCAAGAGGAGAGAGAGGAAAUGCUCAGCAAACUGGAGCUGUACGAAGAUAUGAAGGCAAAAAAUGAGGAAUUGCAGAAGCAGCUGAUGGAGUAUAAGGAACAGCAGAGCAAGAUGCAGGCUGACCUGGAGCAAGUGACCAAGAGAGCAUCAUCACAGGUGAGUGAGAUGGGAAUAGAUGAUGUUCAGGUGAUGGAGUGGCAAGAAAUGGUGACCAUGGUGACUGAAGCAGAGCGAGAUCGGGAUCAGGGUCACGAGAAGAACGUCAUGGCCUUCAGAAUGAGUCACAUCGAGGAGGAACGAGAGGCAUUAGCCAAUCGGCAACAGGAAGUGGAGGAGGAGUUGGCCCAGGUUCAUGGACUCUGCCCACAGAAAAACAGGAAGCCCAAAUAUUUCACUCCACGCAGCCUGCAGGAGGAGUUUCAUAAUACACAAGACCCAAUAGGUGUCAUGGAUCAUGAUAGUCUUGCGAAUGGAGAGAAUAUGGGUGGAUGGUGGCCACAGCACAGUGCUGCAGAUACAGAUGGCUUGAGGUCAGUUGUCGAAGAGCUCGAACUAGAGAGAAACCAACUGCAGGAGCAGAUCCUGGUCCUCGAGAAACAGUGCCAAGACCUAGAGGACCGUCUUCAGCUUCAAGCGCGCAUUGAAUUGCUACAGCAUGAGUCUGAGCGUCUGCAGGCUCAGGUCGCCAGUCUUCGGAGUCAGCAGAUUAAAGAUGCAGAAAAACAUCAGCUGGUCAUCACCAAUCUGAACAAACAACUCAAAGGACUGAGCAGCACACAGGAGUGUUUGGAGUCCUCGCUCUUGGAAAAGGAGCACACGCUUGCCAGAACCUCAGAGAAACUGGAAUGUAUUGACAGUCUGAGAGAGGCGUUGGAGGCAAAGGAAAAACAAAACCAGGACCAAGCAGACAGACUUCUUCAGUCUGAACACAAUCUGGCUGAAGUUAAAAAGACAUGCAGCAACUUUGAGAAGGAAAACUCAGAGAUGAAAGCGACUGUUGCAGAACUAACUCUCAAACUCUGUGUGAUGAAAGACAAGGCACAGAAACAAGAUGCAACUAUGGAAUCAUUACAGAGUGAUCUGAUUCAAACUAAUGAUGAACUUGACAGACUGAAUACCGUUCAUUUGGAAGAAAGAGCACAGCUGGUUCAUGACUUGCAGAGCUGUGAGCGCGAAAUCGAUAGACUUCAAGAUGUCAUCACUGACAAGGACAAAGAAAUACUGGCACUAUCAUCCAGCAUGGCAGAAUAUUCUGAGCAGAUUCAUGAACUAAAACAAGAAAUGAAGCUCAAAGAGGAUGUGCUGACUAAAGUAGAAGAGGAUGUUCAAAUCUUUAGAGACCCACAGCUUUCUGACCAGCAGUUCUUUAAUAUAUUAAUACCUAAGCUGAUCGAACAGUUGAAGAAAACCGAAAGCGAUCUAAAGGUGGCCAAAAAAGAAGGUGAGUCGAGGAGCAAUGAAAUUAAAGACUUUAUAAAGCAAACAGAAGAUGAUAAGAAAAUUAUUCAGGAUCUUCGUAUGGAAAUACAGAAGCUGCAUGUGAAUCUGAAAGACCCGCAAUCAGAUGGGGAACAAGUGCAUGAGAAAGAUUUUCUCAAAGAAGAACGCAAUAAGUUGCUUUCUGAAGUCGACAAACAAAAAAGUGAGCUUUUGAGGUUUUCUAAAACACUCGAGGAGCAGGUUGCCUGUCAAGAGCAGCUUAAGCAAGAUGCCCAAGACAAGUCUGAGAUAAUCUUCUCAUUGGAACAGAAGUUAAAGCUUGUUCAAGAGGAGCUAGUAGCUGAGAGGGAUCGAUUUAACUCAGAACUUAUGAUUCGAGAUGAAGUCAAAGAACACCUUGAGAAAAGUUUGUCUGGUGAAAUUUAUAGUGCUAAAUCUGUAAAGAAUGACAACCAGAAACUUAAAGAAUCACUUGAGCAGAAUUUGGGAGAGCUUGCAAGACAAAAGCAGCUCCUGGACAGUGCUACGAUGGAAAUACAAGCCCUGCAAGAUCAGAAUUCCAGCUUACUUUUGCAAGUCAAAAGUCUCGAUAGUGACAAUUGUCAAUUAAGGGUUGAAAUUGAGACUAGAGUCCAGUCUCUCUCUGAUGUUUCAGAAGAAAAGAAGAGAUUGUUAAGCAAAAUAUCUCAAGUUGAACUGCAGCUUUCAGAAAGUGUUAAAACAAUAGAAGACUUUCAGAGAGAUAAGGAAGAGCUAUAUCUCAGAGAGGCUGACUUAAAGAAAGAACUUGAGAAAAACAAACAGUCUAUGACUGAGAUUUCAUUAGAAAAAGAUGGUGUUAUAGAGCUUCAUAAUGGUUUGAUUAGACAAAAUCAACAAUUACAAGAAAUAGUAGAAGUGAAACAAAAGGAAGCGCUUGUAUUGACCCAGGCCGUAUCUGACUUGAAUAACAAGAUCACGAUAACUCUCAAGGAAAAUGAAAAACUUGCUUCUCAAAUUGUUAGUCUUAAUGAACAUAAUGGUUCCCUUCAGAGACAAAUAAAUGAACAGAUGAAAUCACUUACAGAAACAACAAAUGAAAGAGAGACUUUACAAAACAAAAUUCAGUUUUUAGAGACACAGAAUGUGAAAAACCAUAAAAUUAUAGAAGGCUUACUUAAGGCCAAAGAAGAUUUGCUUUUGCAAGUGCAGGAACUCAAAGUUAUUGAACAAAAACUGCAGGCCGAUGCUGAGAUCUUACGCAAGAAGUCUUCAGAAUACGCAGACCUCACACAAGGUCUCAGCGAGACCAAAGACGAAGUAGAUCACCUUAAAAGGAAACUCGAAUCCUCCAAUUCUGAAGUUGUUAAGUGCAAAAAUAUUGUGCUCGAAAAAGAAAAGAUCUUAACAGACCAACGGAUGCAAAUGGAAGCUUACCAGCAGCAAUUUAAGCAUUUACAAGAUAACAUUUCUGUACUUCAAGAACAAGCUUUUAAACAUAAAUCAGGCCUGACAGAGAAAGACACUUUGCUGCAGAAAGAAUCAAAUGCAUGUAUUCUGCUUCAAAAGGAACUUGGUCAUGAAAGAGAACUUGUUUUUAACUUUCAACAAGAGAUGAGCUCUCUGAAAGGGGAGUGCUCCAGACUAAACCAGGCUUUGGAAGAGAAAGAACAAACUCUAAGAGAGAAAAACCUUGAAUGCCAAAACCACUCAGAGGAAUUGUGUAAAAGAAAUGAGACAUUGGUUUCACUUACUAGUCAACUUGGCCUUAUGAAUACAAGCAUAGCGAAGCUUGAAUCCGAUAAUUCCAACUUAAGAGACAGUUUAGAGAGGCAUCUAUCUGAAAGGGCAAGACUCGAAGAGGAGCUGAUACAAAAACAAAUAGAGCUUGUGGAAUAUCAGGACAGUGGUCAGGCAAUGAAUGAUCAAAACAGUAUAAUUAAAUCAGAACUAAAGAAUUCAAUGACAGAAAUGGUUAGACAAAAAGAAAUGAUCACUUCACUACAAAAUGAGUUGGAGAGCAAAAAAGUCGAACUGGGAUCUUUGGAAGAGAAGUUCAAAUCGGAGCACUCUCAGCUUGAAGCUUUACAACUCGCUCUGCGGGAAAAAGAUGAUGUUUUCCGGACACAAGAGAUGCAUGUAAAUAACAUGCAAGCCAAACUGUUGGAAAGUGAGGGCCAAAUCAACCAGAGAAUCUCAAAGCUUCAGGAAGAGAAUCAAAGUUUACGGACAGCUUUGGAAGACAAAGAUAAAGAGUUUUCUUUGGUUAAGACAACGUUAUUGGCACAAUUGGAGGCAUGUGAAGCUAGACUGAAAUCAGAAAUGGUUGCGACUGCUCAAUUUCAGAAAGAUAUACAAAACUUACAAGAAAAGACGAACCAUCUCAUAAGCAUCAUUACUGAAAAGGAUUCCUUCUUGAUGCAGGAGAAAGAGAAGUAUAUAUGCUUGCAAAGUAGUGCAUCAGAACUGGAAAGCACAGUUUCACAACUGAACUGUCAAAUAAAGCCAUUAACCUCAGAAAUCAAACAACUCAGGGAAACACAAACCAAGAAGGAACAAGUCACGUUUGCUGCUCAAUCGCAGAUGCAGAAACUGGAUGAGCUCUACAAGAAUCUUCAAGAGGAAUGUGAUUUGACUAAACAAGAGCUGCUGAAGGUUUUAAAUGAAAACUCAUUGAAGGAAGAAGAGGUCCGUAAAUUGAUCCUGGAAAAGGAAGACAUUCUCAGAACUUCCAAUUAUCAGAUUCAGAGAACUCAGGAUCAACAACACAACUGGCGAUCUACCACUAUGAAUAAAAUGGAGGAAGUUCAGCCAAUGGAGAAAAAGAAACUUCACAAGAUGGAGUUUAUGGCUUUGCAGGGUAAAGAAGCAUCUCCAGAACAAUGGGUCAAGUUGAAUGGCCAUCUGCAGCAAUGCCAGCUAGAGAUUCAGCAAAGAGAAUGUGGCCUCCAACAGCUCAAUAUCAAGCUACAGCAGACAAUUGAAGAAAAGGAAGGAGUUUCCAGGCUGCUCAAAGACGCACAGCAGACUGUUAGUGAGCUCCAGAAUCGCUGCUAUUGGCUGGAGAGACAAGUUCAAAAUCAGUAUUCACCCACACAGCAGGGUUCAGUCUACGCAGAAGUUCCACCAGGAGCCCCUCAGGAACCAAUCAGUGCCACUUUCAACCAAGUUGGAUCAGACAGCAGAGAUCUCAGGAUGCGACUUUCUGAGGCAGAGAUUCAUCUGUCACAGUUAAACUCUAGAUUAGAGGAGGAAAGAUCAAGGAGAGAGGUCGCAGAAGAAGCUUUGCGUUUGACAGAACAGAGAGUUGUAAGCAUGGAGGCAAAUCAGUCAAGGCGUUCUCAACCAGACUUCAGUAUACAGCUGGAAAAAGAUGAAGAACAGUUUGAAGAGCUUAUUAUUCGCCCAAACCGACGCCUAUUCAUGCACAAGAUGAAAAUCGGGGUUCACUUGUGUCAACGUUGGCUCAAAGGAAGAAGCGCAUACAGCUGUUCAAGACUCCUAAAAUCCAGAGCGAAAUCCCGUUACUUAUUCAUCGGGUACAUUCUCAUGCUUCAUGUGCUGGUUUUCAUGUGCCUCGGUUCAUCUCUAUGAAGAGCAAUUCUCACCAGAUCACAUUUGCACAAACAGAUUAGUGGAUCCAGAAGCUUCCGCUCUAGAUAAACAGUGUAAGAAUGUCUCUUUAUACGCUGGCUCAGUUAAUUUAAAGUGGAAUGAUGAACUGUGACUUUUCUGAGAUGUCAAUCAUAAACUGGAAGCUGCUCUAUCAUGACACUGGUUUCCACACACACUUCAACACCAGCGUUUAGAUGAAGAGGUACGCAGAUUUUAGAUGAUCUGAUGCAAUGGCUAUGCACUGAAAUCUUAAAUUUAGUUAAGCUAUUAUGUUUUUCAUAAGCUGCCCUGUAAAAUAGAAUUGAAGAUGAAUGUCAGUCUUGUUUGUCUGCACUGUAAAUGACUGUGAGAUUUAAAAGUAAUUUAUUAUGUUGUAUCUGUGAAGAGAGAAUAUGAAGUUCUUGUUUUAUUUGUAUGCUAAACACGCGUAAUGUUUUGCAGGCCUUUAAGCAAAUAAACUAACAUUGUUAGGAGCUUUACACAUA